AUGGCUCAGAUAGCUAAGAUGGAAGCCCAAGUAGAGAUAAAGUCCCCUUCCAAUAAGUUCUACGAGGUCUUGAGCAGCAAAGCUCAUCUCCUUCCCAAGGCCUGCCCCGACAAAAUCAAGAGCAUCGAAGUGGUUGAAGGUGAUUGGAAGAGUGCGGGCUCUGUCAAGCUCUGGACUUACUGUAUCGGAGGGAAUUCUAAGAGUAUUAAGGAGACUGUGGAAUCAAAAGAUGAAGAGAACAGGUCCAUCACGUUCAAGGUUUUGGAUGGGGAGCUGUUGAACGACUACAAGAGCUACAAGUUCACCACACAAGCGAUACCAAAGGGGGAGGGCUGCUUGGUGAAAUGGACCGCUGAAUAUGAGAAGGCAAGUGAGGAUGGAUCAGAUCCCCGUGGCUACCUGGAGCUUGCAGUUAAUAUCACCAAAGAUAUCGAAAGUCACCUUCUCAAUGCAUAA